AUGUCUUCAGGUAAUAGUAGUGGAGGCAGUAGUAGCAGCAAAGGAGGGAGAAUGAGUUUCAAUGUCCCUUAUUCUAACCCUCCUAACAGUACUGUCAAUUCUUCUAAAGACGUUGUACAACGACCGCAAAAGAAAACCAAAUCAUCAUCUCCAGAGUCUAGUGGUGGUGGUGGUGGUAGUGGACACAUACAAUCUCCUCCUUCAUUGGCAUCACCAACUAAAGGAGGUUCAAUACGUAACAGUAGUGGUGGUAGCAGUGGUGGUAGCGGAACACCAAAUAACAUUGGUUUGGUGUCACAAACGUUUGAUUUACGAAACAGCAAUGAUCGCACUCGCGAUGAAGAAAUGAAUGAUGAUCAUCAAGAAGAAGAUAAUAUCAAUUUUGAUGAUGAUGAUAAAGUAGAUCAAGAAGUGAUCAAAAAACAACCUUCUCCUCCUUCUCCUCCUCCUCAUCCUCCUCCUCGUCCACAACCACCUCAGACCAAACAUGUACAUACUCAACAACAGCAACAAAAGAAUACUAAUAACAAUAACAAUAACAAUAACAAUAGCAAUCAAAAGAAUGAUAAGAAACCGGAUCGAGACAAUGAUGGUAGUGAAUCUGAAUCUGAAGAAGAAGAGGUAGAAAAAAGUUCUUCAGAAAUAGAAGAAAGUAAUGAUGAAGAGGAAGAAGAAGAAGAGGUAGAACAUAGUUCUUCAGAAAUAGAAGAAAGUAAUGAUGAAGAUGAAAAGGAACGUGAACGUGAAAAGGAAAUGGAAAAGAAAAAGAGACAAAUGUAUAUACAACAACAGCAACAACAACAAAAAAAACCAAAGGACAUUAAUGAACCUAUGAUACAAGAUAGUAAUUAUGACGAAGAAGAAGAAUUAUCAAAAGUAACAGACAAUCUAUCUUCAAGAAAGAAAAAGACCAUUAUUCAAGAGGAUGAAGAAGAAAUAGAAGAUCAAGAAAUGGGAGAACAAGAUGAGGAACACGAAGAUCAACAUCAAAAAAGAUCAACAUGGGAUUUAAAACCUCAAACAUUUGAACCAAUACCAAAAUAUCAAACAUUGAUCGAACAACAACAACAACAAUCACAAUUUAUGCCAAUGGCAUCACAAUAUUCUCAAAUUGGUGUACCUUUUGAUUCAUUUGAAUCGGAACACGAUCAUUUUCAACUCAAUUUAAUACCAUUGAACCCUAAAAUGCUUAAUCUUCCAUCCCAAACACACUUUUUCGAAUUAUUAUCAAGUUUAUCUGUUCAAUUUAAUCCAGAUCACCAAAGAUUAUUUAUUAAAGACACAUCAUUGUUUAAAAGAGAACUUCAAAAAUAUUAUAAGGAUAGAAAAAGAGUGGAAAUAUUCCAAAAAGAAUUGGGAUGUAUGAUCAAUCAACAGGAAGUAUUGUUCAUGAUUUUAUCGCCUGUUGUUGGAGAAUCAAAGUCGGUCACUCAAGAAUCCAUGGUUAAACUAUUAUUAUCAAUCCCUGCACUCCAACAAGAUAUGAUUACAAUGUUACUUGGAGAAUAUCUUGUUGGAUUACAACCAGAUUUGGUUAAAUUGUUGAUAUCGCAAUUUAGAUGGUUGGAAUUGGCUGGAGGUGACAGUUGUAUGAUUUCUUCUAGAGUAUUGGAUCUUUUUGAUAUGAUGAGUGAUCAAGUUGAACUCAAAAAAGAUUUGAUUGGCUUUUUACCAGAAUUGUGUGAAGAUUCAGGACAUGCCAUGGCUGUUGAACACUUGUUACAACUAAUGAGCACAGAUUCUACAUACACUGUUGUGGUUAUUGAUGCAUUGGGUGCAUUCAAUCUAACCGAUACAACUAGAAAAAAAGCAAGAGAUGCAAUGUUUAUUCAAUUAUCUUGUUGUGUAACUAGUGAAUUACCAGUUGUUCUAAAUGCUCUUUUACAAUCAAUUAAUCCUUCAGAAGUUACAGAGACAAUUAAAAAAUUAAGAGAAAAUAUAUCAUUUCCAUCAACAGCAAGAUUAAUUAGUUCAUCUACUGGAUCACCAGCAGGAUUAUACAAUCAAUCCAAUAUGUUGGAUAGAAAGAUUUUAGAACAAAAUUCAGAUGAAAUGGUUGUAUUGGACACUUUAAAAACAAAUUUUAGAUUUAAAAAGGAUUUGUGUACUGCUUUUAUCAGGGAAAUAUCAUCCAAUAGUAAAACAUUCAACGUAUUUGAUUUUUGGUUACUUUUAGUUAUUUAUUCAUUUUGGAGCCAGCCCAAAGACAUUGAAUCUUUACUUAAAAAGAAAAUCAUGUCUGGUUCUUUAACAAAAGCUACUUUAUUAUCAAGUUUACAAUCUCAUAAUAUUUCUUUAAAACCAUAUUUUAAAAUAUUAUUGAUUUUAUCAGAUUCAUUUUUAAGAUCAGCAGAACCAAAAGUUAGAUUAAUUGGACAUCAUUUUUAUUAUAUUUUAUUUCAAGUUUUUCAUGAUGAAAGAGAUACUGUUCUUAGUUCAUUAUUACUUCAUAUUGGUUCUGGAAAUAUUGGAGAAGUUGAUGAAGCAUUAUCAGUAUUAUUAGAAUUAUCAACCAAUUGUGGAGAGAUAUUAAAAAGACAUAAUAAUUUUAUCAAAAGAAUUAUGGAUCAACAUGAAAUGUUAUUGGAACACCAAAUCAGAAAAGUGUUUAGAUUAAUGGCAACACAAUCAUUUAAUAUUCAAUUGGAUGGGGAUUCAUAUCGUGUAGAGAAUAACAAAGAUAUGAAUGAAUUGGACAUGUAUACUAGAAAACUGUCAAGUGGUAGUAGUUUAAAGUAUAAAAAGUUUGGUAUCAUUUCUGGUUGUGCUCAAAUUCAAGUGUUGGCCAAAAGAGUUUGCAUCAAAGAUCGUGAUAAAGGCGAAAAACUAAUUGAUGUUCCAGCUGAAGUUUCAGAUCGUGCAAUGUAUCUAUUUAAUAGUCUAUCAGAAAGUUGUAAAAAAUCAAAACCUUUUGAUAAAUUAUUAACAGCAUAUCUUUUUGAUGAAAUGCAACAAAUUUUUACAAACCAAUUUUGUCCAAAGUUUAUAGACCAUAUCGCAGGACUAUUUAUAGAUAUGGAGGAAUUUAAUAAUUUAUUUAAUAAUCAUAUUGGAAGAAUAGAUGGAGUUUGGUUUAAAAAAGAUGAUAGUACAAUGGCAGUAGAUAUUUAUCCAAAGAUUUGCAAUCCAGCACAAAAGGAUAACGUAUUGGUAUCGGCCCCACUCUUUAGAUUCCUACGAACAUUUGUACGUGCAUCUAAAAAUUCAUUGGAAGAUCUCAGCGGUGUACUCGAAGUACCAUUGGUCAUGUUUGAUGAAGAAUUAUUGGAAUUUGAUAUGGUCAAAGGCAAGGAUUCCUAUGCACUGGCCAUCUAUUAUGCAGUUGAUUGGAUUCGUGAAACAAUCAAUGCAUUCUCUCCACAAAUGGAUCUCUAUCACAAUGGUGUAUCUCAAAGGCUAAAGGAUUUGAUUGUGGUCGAAGAACGACUCAACCAUGUUCUUUCUCUUUGUCCUUCAUUCAAUGCUCCCUAUGGUUCAUUCAAUUCUGAUCUUCGUAAAAACCUUUCAGUUGAUUUAAAGAAAAUUAAAAAGAAAAAAUUGUCUUGGUUAAAUGAUGAAGAUUGUGAUCAUUAUUUACCACAUUUAGAUGCGAUUGGAAUUCAUUUAAGAAAAUUAGAUUUAAAUUCACUUUUAAUUUUACAAUCUAAUGUUAAAAACUCUCACGAUGGUACUUUUAAUAUUAUUGAAUUGGAUGCACCACAAUUACAUUAUUUAUUAGUUGAUUUCAAUAGAAAGAUAACAUCAUUGUUGUCAUCUGAAAAAAGAAAUCCAUUUGGUCAUGGAUCUUCACAAAGAUAUAUAUUAGAUUAUAGUUUUAUAGAGAUGAUCAAAACAUUAAUGGCAAUAUUCCCAGCACUUUGUGUACACCUUGAAAGAACUGUACAGACAAUUGAACAACUCUUCCCAGAUCAAGAAGAAAUGUUUAAACAAUUCAAAGUAGCUCAAUCAAAGUCAAAACACAAUCCAGAAAACCAAGAGUAUAAAUUGGCAAUGGAAAAAAUGGAUGAUGUCUUUACCAAAAGUCAAAAGAUAUAUUCUUUGAAUCUUGCAAAUACCCAUCUUAUUUUUGAAAUAUUUACAAAAAUAUUAUCUUAUGAUUCAUUUGAUUUUCAAGAUUUACAAGAAAUCAUGGCAUCAGUUCAUGAAAAAAGAACAACCAAAUUAAAUCUGACAGCAAUUGAUCUCAGUUUUAAAUUAUUUAAUUAUUUUGAAAAGUUUUGGGUUUCUUUAUUACAAGUAAAGGCAUUCCGACCAUGUACCAGUUUGUUAACUCUUUUAACCACAUUGUAUAAUAAUGAUAAAAAGAGUAGCAAAGGAAACACCAAUAGAAAUGGUGUUGAUCCAAAGGUACAAAUAUUCAACUAUGCCAAACAGGCAAUCGGUCAAUCUUGGGGUAGAAAAAUUCCUGCAACAUCUACAUCAUAUUUAUUAAAAACAUUAUUUUCACAUGCAGAGAACCAAAAAGAGGUUGGUAUUAUUAUUUUAUGUGAAUUCUUUGUUGUAGUUUGUGCUACAAACAAUCUGAAUGCUUUGGAAAAAGCAAAAUCAAAAUCAAAAUCAAAAGCAAAAGGAAAGGCAAAAGGUAAAGGAAAGAGUAAAGCAAAAGGAAAGAGUAAAGGAAAAGGAAAAGGAAAAGGAAAAUCAACUCAUGAUAGUGAUGAUGAUGAAGAGGAACAAGAAGAAGAGGAAGAAGAAGAAGAGAAUGAAGAUUCAUCGGAACAAGAUGAUCAUCAAGAGAGUCAAAUGGAUGAUGACAAGUUGGGAGAAGAAUCGAUCAAAAUGAUGACAAACACUGUUUUUAAUUUGGUUGACCCAGAAAGAAUUUCUCUACGUAUUUUCAAUCCUUCAAGCAACAUGGUCUAUUUUAGAACCCUUUUUACACUCAUCAACGAACAAAUGGCACUUGUUGAUAUUAAUAGUCAGAGACCAAAGGAUAUUUUAAUACAAUGCCAACAUCUUGUUGCAAUGUGUGACAUGCUCCUAGAGUUUUCAAAAGAAAUACACUAUGUGGCCGAUUCUCUCAAACAUGGCAAAAACUUUGUCAUGGAAUUCACCAAACACUUUGUCCCAAUCAUCGACAAACUCUUUGAAUUUAGUAUUUCAAAAACAAAAGAUAUUAUCAAAAAGUUUCAAGAUGUUACUGGAGCCUUGCAGCAUCUUUGUACACAGGUCAAGAAUACAAAGGAUCAAUCUGGUGUUUCUUUGGUUCCACUAGCCAAGAAAGCAAUAUCAACAUUUGCAAGUGAAAUUAUGGUUAAAUUUAGAAAACAUAAAUGGCAAAACAAUGUUUCAUUCCAAUUACUAAAGACAAAAAAUGCUCCAACUCGUGGUGGUGGUGGUCGUGGUAGUGGAAGUGGUAGUGAUGAUGAUGAUGACGACGAUGAUGACGACGACGAACAAUAUAGUAAUGAUGACGAAGACCAAGAUCAAGAUCAAGAUAAUAGCGAGAGUUCAAAUUACGAUGGUUCAUCUUCAAGUGAAUAUGAUGAGGCAGAAGAAGUUAGUCAAGUUGAAGACUCUGAACAAGAAGAAGAACCAUCAGGUGAUGAUCUUGAUGAUCUUAUUGAUGAUUAA